AUGGGUGACGAAUACGAGCAACUAGGACCGCCUGGUGAGGCACCACCUCCAGGAAUAUGGCCACCAGGUGCAGCUCCACCACCUCCGCCACCUGGUCCUCCACUACCAUCGCCGCCACCACCGCAACCGUCACAACAGCCUGAAAUUCAACCGCCAGGUGUGAUAUCCUUGUUGCCAUUGGCAGCCGCAUCACAUUUACCAUCUUCAUUUGCUAAAGCGGCAGAGAAGAUGUGA